AUGGAAGAUGAAUUAGGUCAUGAGUUGACCGAAUAUGACAGAGCUGAGAUGUGGACACGAGCACGAAUGAAUAAGAAAGAAGAAGUCAUUAGUGAAGAAGCUCGAGUGGUGGUGAAGAAGAUGGCGGAAUACAGGCAAAAAGUAGUAGAAGGAGGAGACUCAAACACGCCACACGCACCAUAUGCCCCUCCACCACCGAUGACGCAGGCACAAUAUGCUCCGCCACAACCGACAUGGGCAUCAAAUGCUCACCGACCACCCUCACAGCCACCAUAUGCUCAUCCACCACAGACACAGGCACCAUGUGCUCCCCCACCACCGUAG